CCUCCUUGCCUGCCCCCGACGCCCGCCAGGCUUUCGCCGGCGCCCCUGCCUGACCCGCCGCCCCUCCCGGUGCGGCUGGGACUCGGGGCGAGCUGCCUGCCGUCCCGGGGCCAAUGCAGUGCCGGCCCCUCCGGGGCCUGGCGGGAGCCCUCCUCACCCUGCUGUGCAUGGGGCUCCUCUCCCUUCCGUACCACUUGAGCCAGUCCCCGAAGGGCGUGCAGGAGACCCCCGGGCUGAGCCCCCCGAGCCCUCGGCCCCCCGAGCUGCAGCUGCAGGAUGUCUUCAUCGCCAUCAAGACAACCGGGGCCUUCCACCGCUCCCGCCUGGAGCUGCUGCUUGACACGUGGGUCUCCAGGACCAGCGAACAGACCUUUGUCUUCACCGACAGCCCGGACGAAGGCCUCCGGGAGAGACUGGGGUCCCACCUGGUGGUCACCAACUGCUCUUCGGAGCACAGCCACCCAGCUCUGUCCUGCAAGAUGGCUGCUGAGUUUGAUGCCUUCUUGGCCAGUGGGCUGAGGUGGCUCUGUCACGUGGACGACGACAACUAUGUGAACCCGAGGGCGCUGCUGAAGCUGCUCAAAGCCUUCCCGCUGACCCUCGAUGUCUAUGUAGGCCGGCCCAGCCUGAACCGGCCCAUCCAAGCUUCUGAGCCGCAGCCCCAUAAUCGCACGAGGCUGGUACAGUUCUGGUUUGCCACGGGGGGUGCCGGCUUUUGCAUCAACCGCAAACUGGCUUUGAAGAUGGUCCCGUGGGCCAGCGGCCCCCGCUUCGUGGACACGUCUGCGCUCAUCCGACUUCCUGACGACUGUACUGUGGGCUACAUAAUUGAGUGCAAGCUGGGUGGCCACCUGCAGCCCAGCCCCCUCUUCCAUUCCCACUUGGAGACCCUGCAGCUGCUGGGGGCUGCCCAGCUCCUGGAGCAGGUCACCCUCAGCUACGGCGUCUUUGAGGGGAAGCGCAAUGUCAUCAAGCUACGGGGCCCCUUCUCCCCUGAGGAGGACCCCUCCAGGUUUCGCUCCCUGCAUUGUCUCCUCUACCCAGAUACUCCCUGGUGCCCACAGCUGGUGGCCCAAUGAAUCCUGAACUGCUGGACGAUUGUUGAACUGAGGCCUCUGAUUGUCCCUUGCUUCACAAGGCAGCUCUGAGGGCCUGUGGCAAGUGUCCUGGGGUGGCCAGUUCCUGGCAGGGCCUCUGAGUGGUGGGCAAGCCCAGAAUUGGACAGUGACUGGUGGUGAAGCCAUCGCAGACUUUUGGGAGGUGGGUUGGACGGCCCGGGGACCAGGCGAAGGCCAGAAAGGCCCCAGCAGCUGGGCUCCCAUGGGCCCUGGGUGGCUGAGUUGAACAAGGUGGGGCCCAUUGAGCUGGGCUGGGGCUCAGGAGCCCUAACCCUCCAGAGAAUUACAUGGGUGGAGUGUGGCCCCCACCCCCAGCUCUGGUUUCUCAGUCAUUCCCCUGGGGUCAAGCACUGGGCCACCCACUCCUGGAUCCAUUGGCUGGAUCUGCAACCACUGAGGGGACCCAGGUGGAAAAGUGGCCAAAUGCAGGGUCUCUGCCAGACACUGUUGUUACUGACCAGUCUCCAGCUCCUUGCUCCCCAGUCCUUGCUAACAGAACCCAAUUUUGUUUGGAUUAUCAGCCUGCCCAGGUCAGACGAUGGAUCCUCAUGGGUCCCAGCCAAACUUGAUGAUCCCUUUGCUCACUUUCUCAGCUCCCUGUGCUGUUAGGAGCUUCCAUGUACCCCAGCUGCCUAGAGUCAGAGCUGUCUGUUAGUGUGAACUAAGCAAAGCCGAUGGAGAGGAUUCUGGGGAAAGUUUUGCAGCCCCGGACUCCCUCUUCCUGCUGUGAAUGUGGGUGUGAUGUCUGGAUCUGGGGCAGCCACCUUGCUGCCAUGAACAAAAGGCCAAGACAAUCACCCACACCUGUCUUGUCUAGCAUCGGGUUCUGUAAGAAAAUUAAACCCUUAUUCGUCCAAGA